CAAUCUGUGCACAAGUGGAAGCGCCACGUCCUGCGAAGAGUGUCUCCUCAUCCAUCCCAAGUGCGCCUGGUGCUCCAAGGAGGAGUUUGGCAGCACAAAGUCCAUCACGUCGCGGUGUGACUUCCUGCAGAACCUGGUUGCAAACGGCUGUGCUGGAGCCAUCGAAAACCCCAGCAGCAGCAUCAAUGUGGUGAAGAACGUCCCUCUGAGCAGCAAGGGCUCUGGCCAGACCCACCUGGACGUCACGCAGAUCACACCUCAGAAGGUCGCCUUGAAUCUUCGUCCUGGUGACCGGACCUCCUUCCGAGUUCAGGUUCGGCAAGUGGAGGACUAUCCUGUGGACCUCUACUACCUGAUGGAUCUCUCCCUGUCCAUGAACGACGACCUAGAUAAUAUUCGCAAUCUGGGGACCAAGCUGGCUGAAGAGAUGCGAAAGCUCACUAGCAAUUUCCGGCUGGGGUUUGGCUCUUUCGUGGACAAAAACAUUUCUCCUUUCUCCUACACGGCACCAAGAUACCAAAACAAUCCCUGCAUUGGUUACAAGCUGUUCCCCAGCUGCGUCCCAUCCUUUGGCUUCCGCCACCUCUUGUCCCUAACGGAUAAAGUCGACCGUUUCAAUGAAGAAGUUCAGAAACAGAAGGUUUCCCGCAACCGAGAUGCUCCGGAGGGCGGUUUCGAUGCGAUUUUGCAGGCUGCCGUGUGCAAGGAGAAGAUUGGCUGGCGUAAGGAGGCGUCUCACCUGCUGGUCUUCACAACGGAUGAUGUGCCUCACAUAGCCCUGGAUGGGAAGCUGGGGGGGCUGGUGCAGCCCCAUGACGGCCAGUGCCACCUGAAUGAAGCCAACGAGUACAGCGCGUCCAGCCAGCUGGAUUAUCCUUCCCUGGCGCUUCUUGGGGAGAAACUCGCCGAAAACAACAUCCACCUGAUUUUCGCUGUCACGAAAAGUCAUUAUGUCCUGUACAAGAACUUUACUGCCUUGAUUCCUGGGACAACAGUGGAGAUUUUGCACAAAGACUCCAAGAAUAUCAUCGAGCUGAUCGUCAAGGCCUAUAACAGUAUUCGGUCCAAAGUGGAACUCACAGUCUGGGACAGCCCUGAGGAGAUCGGUUUGACCUUCACUGCCACAUGCCAGGACGGGUUGUCCUAUCCUGGGCUCAGGAAGUGCGGGGAUCUCAAAAUAGGAGAUACGGCCGCGCCGGCCAGCGGCAAGUGCAGUGGCAACGGGACCUAUGCCUGCGGGCUGUGCUCCUGCGAUGCCGGGUACCUGGGGGCCAGGUGCGAGUGCGAGGAGGGUGCCAGUGCAGACAUGCACCACGCCAUGUGCCGGGAGGCCGAGGGCAAACCCCUCUGCAGCGGGAGAGGGGAGUGCAGCUGCAACCAGUGCCUCUGCCACGAGAGCGAGUUUGGAAACAUCUACGGGCCUUUCUGCGAGUGCGACGACUUCUCAUGCGCCAGGUACAAGGGAGUCCUGUGCUCAGGCCACGGAGAGUGUCACUGUGGGGAGUGCAAGUGCCAUGCCGGUUACAUCGGGGACAACUGCAACUGCUCCACCAAGACGGACAGCUGUGUUUCCAGCGACGGGCAGAUGUGCAGCGGCAGGGGCACCUGCGUCUGUGGGAAGUGUCAGUGCACCGAGCCGGGGGCUUUUGGAGAGACGUGUGAGAAGUGUCCCACCUGCCCAGGCGUCUGUAGCACUAAAAGGGACUGCAUUGAAUGCAAGCUGUUUAACUCAGGAAGACUGGCUGAUAACCAAACCUGCCAAAAGCACUGCAAGGACGAGAUCAUCACCACUGUGGAUGUUCUCGAAACGGAUGACCCAAACGCGAUCCUCUGCGCCUACCCAGUGAACAACUGCGUCAUGAAGUUCACCUACUCGGAGCUUGCCAGUGGGAAAUCCAACCUCACCGUCCUCAAAGAGCCAGCAUGCAGCUCAGCACCCAGUGCUGUGACCAUCGUGCUGGCGGUGAUCGGCAGCGUGGUGCUGAUUGGCAUCAUCCUGCUGGGACUCUGGAAGCUGCUUGUCACCAUUCAUGACAGAAGGGAGUUCGACCGAUUCCAGAGCGAACGCUCCCGGGCCAGAUACGAAAUGGCAUCCAAUCCUCUCUACCGAAAGCCUAUUUCCACACAUAACGUAGAGUUCACGUUCAACAAGCUCAACAAGUCUUACAAUGGUACAGUUGACUGAUGGGGUCUCAGCGCUUGGGACCACUGUGGACAAUUGCUUGACUGUAUGUGCUGCUUCCCCACUUGAAGAUGGGAUCCUCUUCAGGGGCGAGAAUCCCUUACGACAGGACUGGUCAAUGACCAAAGCCUGUUAUUUGCACAGUAAGGAGAAAAGUCUGGUUCAUUCCAGAGGCACAAACACGAAGGCAGGCUCCCCGCCUGUGCUGAUGGACUCCGAGCCAUGUGAGAUGCCAUACCCCAGCUUUCUGGAUGUAUCAAACCUGCCAACAAAGUCAACCAAGUGCCAUAUUGCAGCUUUAGACAUAUCCCAUUAGGAAGGGUGACUAGGUCAAAAAUCAGGGGAACCUGUGCCAUUGCAAGUUGUUAGAGGGGAAUUAGCUUAAAAAGAAGAGGGUGUUUGAAGCAUUUGUGUAAGAAAUUAGGAUACAAGACGUCUGCAGUCUUUAGGAAUUUUUUUUAUAUAAAAAAACCAAAAUAAAACUAUUGUGCAU